AUGGAGUCACCCAACUCUUCCCCAAUUUUCCCACAAUUCACCCUCGACACCAACAAGAACAACAACCCCGACCACUUCAUCGUUGAGGACCUCUUGGAUUUCUCCAACGACGAUGCUGUCAUCGCCGACUCCAUUUUCGAUUCUCUCCCCGUCAACUCCACCGACUCUUCCACCGUAACCGCCGUUGACAGCUGCAACUCCUCCUCCUUCUCCGGCUGCGACCCCCAUACCAUUCCCGACAUUGGUAGCCGGAGUCUCUCCGAUGGCCAUUUCUCCGGUGACCUAUGCGUACCGUAUGAUGACAUAGCGGAGCUAGAAUGGCUUUCGAAUUUCGUGGAGGAAUCGUUUUCGAGCGAGGACCUGCAGAAGAUGCAGCUGAUAUCAGGCAUGAAUGCCAAAAACGACGACGUGUCAGAGGCCCGCCGGUUCCACUCCGAGCCCAUAAGAAGCGGGAUUAACUCUGAGCCCACUAGAAACAACCCCAUAUUCAAUUCGGAAGUGUCGGUUCCGGCCAAGGCCCGUAGCAAAAGGUCCCGCGGGCCUCCAUGCAACUGGACCUCGCGCCUCCUCGUGCUGUCUCCGACGACGUCGUCGUCUUCAGACCCUGAGGUGGUGGUUCCCGUCCCCACUCCUCCCGGGCCGGUCGUGCCAAAAAAACCGGCAAAGGCGACACAGAGGAAGAAGGACAGCGGGGACGGAAGCGGCGGCGACGGGCGCAGGUGCCUGCAUUGCGCGACGGACAAGACACCGCAGUGGCGGACGGGGCCUAUGGGCCCAAAGACGCUGUGUAACGCGUGCGGCGUGAGGUACAAGUCGGGACGGCUGGUACCGGAGUACAGGCCGGCGGCGAGCCCAACAUUCGUUCUGACGAAGCACUCGAACUCGCACCGCAAGGUGCUGGAGCUGCGAAGGCAGAAGGAGAUGGUGCGGGCCCAGCAGCACCAGCAACAACAGUUCCUACAGCACCAUCAUCAUAAUCAUCAUCACCAUCAUCAUCAUCAGAACAUGCUGUUUGACGUAUCGAACGGUGAAGAUUACUUGAUCCACCAACACAUGGGCCCCGAUUUCCGGCAGCUUAUCUAG